AUGUUCGCUUCGUUGAAAAAUAAAAUUAAGGAAGAGACAGGGUCAGAUGUUGCUACUACAGCUACUGCACGACAUACAAAUCAUAACAAUAAUCGAAUACGUAGCCGGUUCUCAUCAACUUUAAGUGUAAAUUCUACAAAUGAGGAUGCCGUUGGAGGCGGGGGCAGUGUGGACUCGCAAGGCUAUGUGACCGAGCAGCUAACUACCUUGCGCAGCCAAUGUAAUGAACUGACCACCAAGGUGACAGAUUUAACUGCACGCUUACAAACGCUACAAGAAGAGAAAACACGUAUUGAAAAGACAAACGAAAUUCUUUUGGAAACUGUCAAAGUAGCACAAACCCAAAAGGAUAUAUAUUGCGAAGAACAGGAAAAGAUACAAAAUCUACAACAGAGUGAAAUCGAGAAAUUAAAAAACUUAUUAUCAUUCCGUGAACAAGAAGCUGUUGACAGACUAGCAGCUAUGCGGCAAAAUCAACAGCAAAUCGAAAAUUUGACCACAGAACUUGAACGACUAAAGCAAUUCGAACCCAUGGUCGAGGACUUACAGGAUGAACUGGAACGCUUGCGUCAUUCGUCGCAAUUGGGCAAAAAUAAUUUAACAACUACAUUGGCAGCUGUAGAAGAGGAGAACCGACAUUUAAAAAUGCGCCUGCAAAUUAUGGAACAGGCGCGCUUAGAUGCGAUUAAUAGCUUUAAUGCUGAUGAAAAAAUGCAAGCACUUGUGCAAGAACGUAAAAUGCUCGAACAGCAUUUAGAAGAGGCACACCUUCAGCUAUCCGAUGUAAAAAGUACUUGGAGUGGUCAAAAUUUGUCACUGGAAACACAAGUUAGUCGACUAUCAAAACAAGUUGCGGAAGAAACGACAGAGAAGCGAAAAAUAUUGAAGGCACGAGAUGACUUAAAUGAAAGAGUGAAGCAGUUAGAAUUCGAAAUGAUGAAAAUGGAUGAUUAUACAAAACAAAGAGAUGAUAAGAUAAAACUGCUGGAGGAGGAAAUUGACGAAUUAAAUAUGGCGUUACGAGAGUGUCGCGAGGAAAAUGAGCAGCAAAUUAUAUACGAACGCAAUAAGGCUGAGACAUUGGAAAAUGAGACAAGGGACCUAAAGUUGCGUAUAACCACUGCAGAUGAACGUUUCAGCGAAUACGCCACAAAUGCGGAACAUAUGGCACAAUUCCACCGACAAGAAAUUUCACAGCUACAAAAGCAGUUCGACGAAGUGCAAAAUCAACUUGAAAGCGAAAGAGAAGAAAAACUUACUGCAUUGUUGAGAAAUGCUGAAAUAUCACAAAGCGAGGAGAUUCUACGCAAGGAGUUGCGCAUCGAACGUGAUGAGGCAAAUGAAUUGCAUGAAAAAAACGAACAGCUCUCAAAGGAAAUGCAAGUCAAAACUCAAGAAAUUGAUCUGUGUAAAAAUGAAAUGGAAGAACUAAAGACUGUGAUGUAUAAAAACGACGAGAAGCUUAAGGAGAUCGAUGAAAUGCAGAGAGAAAUGGCGGAAAAAAAUAAGACAAUAAAGAUUCUAAAUCAACGCUUGGCUGAUUUGAAGAAAACAUUACAGAAAGAAUUUCAAAGCGCUAAAUCAUUUGACGUUGAUAAGGAACGCAACGGCAAUUGCAUUUCGGCCAAACCCCCCAGUGUUAUAAAUGAUGUUUCAGUAAGUGCUACGCUUGUGAACGAAACAAAUACGUGCAAUCACUGCGACAUGGGCGUAAGCACCAACACUUCCAAUAGUAUUGUUAUGGAUGAAGUCAAUUUUAAAUACUUAAAACACGUUAUUGUCAAAUUUCUGACCAGUCGUGAGGUUGAGGCACGACAUUUAAUACGUGCUGUUGCAACUUUAUUAAAACUCACAAAAGAUGAGGAGAAAUUAUUACAAGAUACUCUAAAUUGGAAAAUGAGUUGGUUUGGCUCGAAACCAAAUCAUGGCAGGGGCCAACAUUCGUUUUCUAUACCGCCGAGUUAAUAUUAAAACUGCAUUUGCUUAGAAAACCACACCAUAUAUAAAAUUCAAAAUCCAAUUGUUGCUAGUUAGAGUUUUACCUAGCCAAAAACAACCAAUAGACUUUUGAAACUUUAGCAGCUAUGUAGGAGAUAUGUGACAUGCGCUGCGUAUAUUUAUAAGAAAAUUAUUAACUUUAUUUACUUUUUA